UCCCCAGAAUCAGCUGUGAAGCAGUUCAGCAGUUGUCUAAGUCAUUACGAGAUGCAAGAAAUCUAUGAUUAUCCAAAAAUUUAUUUUGUUGGACCAAGUGCCAACAAGCUAAGAAUUAACCAGCUGGAUGAUAAGCUCAGCUCUUCCAAAAAGAUCUUAGUUGUUGACAUGAAUUCCAGUAGUGACAACAACAACAACAAUGGAUUCGAUGAUGACCAGCGAGCUUAUCGGCAUGUUGCGCACGAUCACAUCGCCUACAGAUAUGAGGUCAUUCAAAUGUUGGGCAAAGGAAGUUUUGGACAAGUGGUCAAAGCGUUCGACCACAAAGAUCGUGUCUACACAGCUGUUAAGAUGGUUCGCAAUGAAAAACGAUUCCAUAAGCAAGCCCAAGAAGAAAUUAGAAUUUUGAACAACUUGAAGAGGCUGGACAAGGACAGCAAGCACAACGUUGUUCAGAUUUUGGAUAACUUCAUCUUUCGCAAUCACGUUUGCAUCAUGUUUGAGUUGUUGAGCAUCAACCUGUAUGACCUACUGAAAAGAAACAAGUUCCAAGGCUUUGGACUGCCAUUGAUUCGAAAAUUUGCAUACUCCAUACUCUUAUGCUUAAACCUGCUCUAUCGAAAUAGAAUCAUACACUGCGACCUCAAGCCUGAAAACAUUUUGCUGAAACAGGAAGGACGAAGCAGCAUCAAGGUUAUAGACUUCGGGUCGAGUUGUUACGAGAACCAGCGCAUAUACACGUACAUACAGUCGAGGUUCUACAGAGCACCUGAAGUCAUCUUAGGGGCCCGCUACGGCACCCCCAUUGAUAUGUGGUCGUUUGGGUGCAUCCUGGUGGAGCUGUUGACUGGCAGACCCAUGUUUCCAGGAGAGGAUGAGGCCGAUCAGCUGGCCUGCAUGAUUGAAGUUCUUGGUCUUCCACCCAGCAGAAUGUUUGAGGAUGGCAAGAGGUGUGGUCAAUUUAUAAGCUCUAACGGAGUACCAAAGUACUGUUCAGUGGAAAAGAAUCAGAAGACAGGUGAGUCUGUGUUGGUUGGCAGCAGGUCAAAGAAGGGUCGAUACAGAGGCCCACCCAACACUCGACAGCUCUCGUCAGUCCUCAACAGUUCAGACAGCAACUUCCAACAGUUCAUCAGGCAGUGUUUUGAAUGGGACCCCAGUGAACGACUGACUCCACAGCAAGCCCUCAAACAUCCAUGGAUCAGACAAAGCCCCACCUCUGGCAUUGCCAACCGACCCAUCGUCACCUCGAGAACUCUCAACAACUUGAAAGAUGGCAAAGACUCUAAAAGACAAUCAGCAGCAACCACGACAACUACAACCAAGUCACUUGAAAAUAAUUUGAACAGAGGUGCUGAAGUUUGUCGUGAAAAAAAGACCAUCAGAAACUCUAGUGGGUUCGGUAAGUUAGGGAAUGCCGUCAUGCUAAACAAUGCAUUGAACUCAACAUCCCGAUCAACCAAUGCAAAGCAUAAACACAUUGAUGCUGUUCAGUUCAGUUGAAUGCUUACCAGUGAAUAAGUAAUCUAAUUAGAUGUAUAUAUGUUAUAUCUGUAUGUACCUAAUCAAAUUGUAUAUUUUAAUUUGUUUUUCAAUUACAUCAUUUGUGAUUCUCCAUUCCAUUACAUAUCUCGCGAAGCUUCAUUGCUAAAACAAAAAUUUGUGUAGCGCUAGAGUUUAAGAUCAGAAAGAAAUACAUAGGAAGAUGAUAGAUUUUAAAGAAGAAAUUAUUUUAGAUAUCAAACAAUGAAAGAUUAUUGAGGAGUUGUUAUUUAAAAAUGUAUGCCCACACAAGAUUGAUUGAUGUUAAUUAAUAUUUGAAUGAGUCUACAUGUACAACACAUGUCUUCCUGAUAUUUUAAAAAUUUAUUUUUAACUAUCUUCAUAAUUUUCAUUUGCGCUAGGUCCGUUCAAUUUG